UGCUUUUUUUUAAAGUACACACGUACAAGACUUAUAACGACCAGCGAGUAUUUAAAAACACGAAACCUAUUUAGCUGAAUCGCAGUUGCUCGUUUGAUUUGGUCGGACAAGUGGCAUCGCAUACAGUAAAGUGCAUAGCCAAAAGUUUUCUCAGCGCGAAUUUUUUUUUGUCUCGAGAAAUAAAAUUUUCAGUUGACCGUUAUGAAUACAUUUCGAAGUGGCAUUUAGUUGAAUAAUUCUAGUGAAAAUAAAGUUAAUAUUCCGAAUUUAUUUUGUUUGUGUGUGGAAGAGAGAAAGCCAACAGUUUCAGUUAAUUUAUUUUCAAAAAAAAAAUGUCGUUGAAUAUAGCAUCGGAUUCAGAACAUUCGACCGAUCUCUCGGUUGAUGAUAUAAUAUCGUCGACAAUGGAUCAAGUGAAUAAAAAUCGGAUCCUAACACCGCCGUUAUUUUACAACAAUAAAUCGAAUGAAAUGAGUGAACGUUUCGAAUCUUUACCAAAUCGUUCGUUGCAUGAGAGAUUUUUACGCGAUUGUGUCGAUGAAAUUCUGUCGACGGCCGUGUUUGAGGAUAUUCGACGAGAGAAUAAGGUUUUGGAAUGGAAGCAACCGAAUGAAUUGGCCAAGUUGUUUGAUAUGUCAUUGAAAGCUGAGAGUGAUUCCGACCAAACACUAAUGGAUUUACUGCGCAAAACGAUUCGCUACUCGGUGAAAACGGGCCAUCCAUAUUUUGUGAAUCAGCUGUUUUCAUGUGUGGACCCAUAUGCAUUAAUCGGCCAAUGGUUGACCGAUGCAUUGAACCCAAGUGUUUACACCUACGAAGUGUCACCCGUGUUUAUUCUGAUGGAAGAGGUGGUUUUGCGUGAAAUGCGAACGUUUGUCGGCUGGGAGAAUGGCAACGGAGACGGCCUAUUUUCACCUGGUGGCUCUAUUUCCAAUGGAUACGGCAUCAGUUGUGCUCGUUUCAAAUACGCGCCCGAAGUCAAAACUAAGGGGCUUGCGGCGUUGCCGCGAUUGGUUAUGUUUACAUCCGAAGACGCUCAUUAUUCAUCUAGGAAGUUGGCGUCAUUCAUGGGAUUUGGUUCAGAUAAUGUGUACAAAGUGAAGACAUGCAGUCGUGGUAAAAUGAACAUAGAGCAUUUGGAAAGUGAGGUGCUUCGGGCCAAAACCGAGGGUGCAAUGCCAUUUUUAGUGGUUGCCACGGCGGGCACCACCGUUUUGGGUGCAUUCGAUCCAAUCGAUCAGAUUGCUGAUGUGUGCAAAAAGCACAACAUGUGGCUACAUGUUGACGCAGCUUGGGGCGGUGGUGUAAUGUUAUCGCAAAAAUAUCGAAAUCUCGUCAAAGGAAUCGAACGAGCCGACUCGGUGACAUGGAAUCCACACAAGCUAUUGUCAGUGCCGCAACAAUGCUCAACGUUUUUGACGAGACACGAAGGAAUUCUGCAGCAUGCGCAUGAAACAAAUGCAACAUAUUUGUUUCAAAAAGACAAGUUUUACGACACACAGUACGACACGGGCGAUAAGCACAUUCAAUGCGGUAGACGUGCGGACGUAUUGAAAUUCUGGUUCAUGUGGCGGGCCAAAGGUACCAAUGGACUUGAGGCACACGUCAACAAGAAUUUCGACAAUGCAGAAUACUUUACGGAACAAAUUAAAGCACGUUCUGAUUUUGUGUUGGUGCUCGAUCAGCCAGAGUGUACGAAUAUAUCUUUCUGGUAUGUGCCGCCAAGCCUUCAAAAUAUACCGGUCGACAGUGCGGAAUUCAAUGAGAAAAUCCACAAAGUGGCGCCGAAAAUUAAAGAGCGUAUGAUGAAAGAGGGCAACAUGAUGAUCACCUAUCAACCGUUGGGAUUGAAACCGAAUUUCUUUCGUCUGGUACUGCAAAACUCAGCUUUAAAUAGGGAUGACAUGCUCCAUUUUAUUGACGAAAUCGAACGGCUUGGAUGCAAUUUGUAGUUAAGAAAUUACUAUUAUAUUAUUGUACAAAUUCCAUAAUCACAUCAUAGCGACGUAAGUUUCACACAGUUUAUUUAUUCACCUGAGAAAAAAAUAUGGCUAAACAAAAACAAUUGAAAAUACACACAGACACAAUGAAUUGAGUAGACUUUUUGUUUUCGGAAAAGAAUAUUCCAAUUUAUUACUAAACAAGUUUAAUUUUUUUCUUCAUUUUGAUUGUUAAACAAUUUGAUUCAAAGGAAUAAAAAGUCAAUUGAACAUUUA